AUGGUACGCGCAUCUGAUCAUCAGGGUUUCGGGUGGUCUGUUGUCUUCUGCCGUUGCUUAACCUUUGCUAAUCGAAUGUCUACAUCGCCUGCUUUCAGGGCAUCGAUCUCGUAGCCGGAGGUAAGAGCAAGAAGACUAGGCGCACCGCGCCCAAGUCGAAUGACAUCUACCUUAAGCUCCUCGUGAAGGUGAGAUUGAAGUUGUAUUCGUUCCGGAACCUGGUUUUUCUUGUCCACGCUAGUGAUACGAUGAUGCAGACACGACGUUCCGGUCACCGUUUCUGGUUUCUCACGCGGAUGCUUCCAUUUUUGUGCGUUUUUUUGGGAGCAGCUUUACAGGUUCCUCGUGAGGCGGACAGGAAGUAGUUUCAAUGCGGUGAUUCUGAAGAGACUUUUCAUGAGCAAGAUUAACAAGCCUCCUAUAUCUCUGUCGAAGCUUAUUAAGUUCAUGAAAGGGAAGGUUCGUUAAACCGUCGAUUCCUCAGCCGAUCCCCCUGUGCCGUCUCUCUUAUCACGUCCAUUUUAUCACCUGCCAACGUUGAUUUUUUUUACAUGUUCUCAUCAGGAGGAUAAGAUUGCGGUGAUCGUCGGGACAGUUACUGACGAUUUGAGAGUUCACGAGGUUCCAGCCCUUAAGGUGACAGCGCUGAGGUUCACGGAAAGGGCGAGGGCUAGGAUUCUUAAAGCCGGAGGAGAGUGCUUCACAUUCGAUCAGCUUGCACUGCAGGCACCCCUUGGACAGAAUACCGUACGAAUAUCAAACCGAAUCUCCAUCGCAUUUAUUGUUCCAUCGAUCCCGUUCUGGGAAUUAUAUUUUCUAUUCGCUAUGGAUUUCAGAAAUCAAAGAGGUUUUCGAAGUGGGUUCAAGGGUUUUUUCUAUAUGGAAAUAUUGUUUUUUUAGUUCCCUGUCCUGCUCUUCUUGACCAUGCUAACGCUGAAGUUUAUUUUGGAUGAGUUUUUUCUGGAAUGUCUGAGGGAACAUAUUCUUUAAUUUAUUUUAUAAUGCGUUUAGCGAGUUAUUCGCGGUUUUUCGGUAAUCUGGCAUUAUCUGUAUCGAGAUCUUACGUAGAUUUAAAUUUCAAUGUGAAUCAUGUUUAGCAAUGAUGAUGAAUUUUUUAAUCCCAGCUCAUUAUGAGAUCAUCCACUUUGUGGAUGGCCAAGGACUGGUUUCAUCUACUCAUCUGAGCUCUCAUGCAUUUGAGUUGCUAAUUCCAUUUAGAUUCUCAUUCUUCCCUCACUUGGGCACAUCUAACGCUCACUAGGAAAAUCGGAUUAUCUUUCCUAAUCCAAAUCAAAUUUUAUUUAACUAAUAUGAUGCUAUUUUAAGCUCAGCUCAUCACGAGAUCAACUACUGGUUAUUUUGACACAUCUCGACACAUUUACUUGUUUUUUUUCGAGUUCUUACUUGCGUAAGACGGGAUAUUCAAUCGUCAGAUAUAAUUAACCAUAGAAGAGAAAUUUUCUUUGGUAUCUGCACGCACUUGUCUUCGUCAAUAUUAAUUAGUUCACGGCAAAUUCUUUCUAACUCGAUUCCGUCUGAGUUUUCCGACGAACUUUAGCUUUGUAUUUGCUUUCUUUCUAAUUUCUCUCGUAUUUACUGUUUUGUCAACCCCUUUUUUUGGAGUGACGUGUAUGUAUGUAUUCGCUAUGGAUUUCAGAAAUCAAAGAGCUUUUCGAAGUGGGUUCAAGGGUUUUUUCUAUGUAGAAAUAUUGAUUUUUUAGUUCCCUAUGAUGCUUUUCUUGACCAUGCUAACGCUGAAGUUCAUUUUUGACGAGUUUUUUCUGGAAUGUCUGAGGGAACAUAUUCUCUUAAUUUAUUUUAUAUUGCGUUUAGUUCGCUGAUUUUCGGUAAUCUGGCAUUUUCUCUAUCGCGAUCUUACGUUGAUUUAAGUUUCAAUGUGAGUCACGUUUCGCAAUGAUGAUGAAUUUUUUAAUCCCAGCUCACUAUGAGACCAUCCACUAUGUGGAUGGCCAAGGACUGGUUUCAUCUACUCAUCUGAGCUCUUACACAUUUUAGCGGCUAGUUCCACUUAGAUCCUCAUUCUUCCCCACUCGGGCACAUCCGAAUGUCAGUGGGGAAAUCAGAUUAACCUUCUCUAAUUUUAAUCAAGUUUUAUUCAACUUCGAUGAUUCUAUUAUAAGCCCAGCUCAUCUCGAGUUCAACAACUGGUUCUCCUGGCUCAUCUCGUACGUUGAAUUUUUUUUUUUCCGAGUUCGUACCUGUGGAAGGCGGGAUUCUCGAUUGCCAGAUGUGAUCAAUCAUGGUAUAAAAAUUUCCUUCGGUAUCUGCAUGUCCUUGUUUUUGUCAGCAUCAGUCCGUAGCAAAUUCUUCCUAAUUCUAUAGUCUGGAAUCCCCCCUCCCCUUCCCCCGGGGGAUUUUGGUUUUCAAGAAGCAAUAUGUAUUAUGUUUGUCGGACGGCUGUGCGACUUGAAUUCCACCAAUUCCCGGCCUCCGGUGAAGCUUGAUUCCGUAAUUUUUUGGGGGGCUAAACGAGUAAAAUUUUUCACGCAUUCUUUCUAUUUCGUCUGAGAUUUCCAUCGGACACCAGUUUAGUGUUUGUUCAUCUGAUGGCUCUGCGAUUCAUCUCUUUGCCCGGCUUGUGCCCUCCGCAGGUCCUCCUCCGGGGCCCGAAGAACGCCCGCGAGGCCGUGAAGCAUUUCGGGAAGGCGCCCGGUGUUCCCCACAGCCAUACCAAGCCCUACGUCCGGUCGAAGGGGAGGAAGUUCGAGAAGGCCAGGGGGAGGAGGAACAGCAGGGGCUUCAGGGUUUGA